AUGCCGUUGCAUUGAAUCAAAACGUAGUUUUUGCAACGGUGGCGAAAGGAUCGUAUUAAUAAAACAUGACGCAUCCUUCGCGUAAAUUCAUGGAAUGUCUGCAAUAUGCAGCUCACCAGCAUAAAGAUCAACGGCGUAAAGAUACGGCAGGAACGCCCUAUAUAAAUCAUCCCAUAAACGUGGCUACCAUUUUGGCUCUGGAAGCAUGUAUUGAGGAUGAGAAUGUUUUAAUGGCUGCCUUGCUGCACGACGUCGUGGAGGACACCACAGCCACAUUUAAAGAUGUGGAGCAGCUGUUUGGCGCCGACGUAUGUGGUCUGGUGCGUGAGGUAACCGACGACAAAACGCUGGAGAAGCAGGAACGCAAGCGCUUGCAAAUUGUAAAUGCGCCAAAGAGUAGUCAACGAGCAAAGCUCAUUAAGCUGGCGGACAAAUUGGACAAUCUUAGGGACCUGCAGAAAAAUACGCCUCAAGGUUGGACGCAGGAACGUCGCGAGCAAUACUUUGUGUGGGCCAAGUGUGUUGUGGACAAUAUGCGAGGGAUCAAUGGCGUUCUGGAUGAAAAACUGGACGAAAUAUUUCGCGAGCGCGGACUGCUGUAAAAAUAAACCAAACCACUUAUAAUUUUAGCUGA